UCCUAAUGUUUGAUGACCAAUUUUUAUGGUUGUAAAGGCUUUGUGAAGUAUAUCCACCAGUUUACUCUUCUCUCUACAAGACUGCAUUCAUCCUAUAAUGGUGUCUGGAAUGACACGCUGCCACAUACAUUUUAUUUGGGUGCACGAUGAUGUGAAACAUAAUGCUGAUUUCAACAACUCACUUUGUUUUACAAUCCUUGUGCUCAUGAGUCACGAAUUCAGGUGUCUGUCAAGGUGCAUUUGUGGGUUUAGGAUAAUAAGAGCGCUGAAAUAGUAAAUGAAGUAGUAAGCUAGCACUUUUGUAGACUAAACCGUUCACCCAAGGAAGCUGUAGUGUAUUCAAUUUGUGGAAGAAAAGGAACUAAAAAUUUGGUGUUCUUAUUGUAUUAGUGAAGUCACAGGCCUCAUCACUUCCGGUUGGUCUAUUUGAAAGGUGUGUGAAGAUGGUGAAUCAGUUUCUCAAUCAAGCACAACAAGCUUUUUCACUUGGGUAGUGUAGUGUAUUUUGGUUAGGAUUUCCAAACCUAUAUAUCCUGCUAGAAUUAUUUGCCUGCAGGUGCAUUUUUGAGGGUUUUAGUUUAUAAAAUACUGUAAGCUUAUGCCCUGCUAUUCGAUCGUCCAUGUAGUUUUCUUGGUCAUUAAACCAUGGUUGUAAGUUUAGUGAAAGACAUGUACAUGGCCUUUAUACAUAGUAUACACACUCCAGAUCUGUCAAAUCUAUUGUUUGUAACAAAGAACAUUACUUGAGUAGUUGAGUGCCUUUUGUUUGAGGUUGGAAAUCAUUGUUGGUGAAUAUGAAAGAAGAAGCACUGCAUUGAUAGAAGCUGAAAUGAUGAUAUUAAUAGUUACCUAUUUUGCAUCGACUUGCUUUGAUGCUCUUCUAUUCGGAUACAGUAUUUUCUUCCCUCCUCUUCUGUAUGUCAUACUUGAUUCUCAAUUGACUGCUUCUGUAAAACUUAUUGACUUUCUGAAAGUGUGUAAUUUUAUGAACUCCUUGUGUUACUCUUAACUUUUGAUGGCUCUGGUUUGCAGAGGCGAGAGAGUACUGUUGUGUUCCCAAUCUUGUUUGCUCUUUGUCUCUUUUUCUCUUUUGGUUUAACUAAGAACAAGUACUGUGUGUCUUUUUUUUUACUGACAAAUGUAAGUUAUUUUUAUGAACUAAUAGAGCUGUACUAGUAAAGGUUUAUUUUUAGUUUUAUCUAUAAGCAUCAUGAACUUCCCUGCAGCACAGAGCAUAAGGCCACAGAAACUUGUUUGCUUAUAAUUCCAUGAGAUCUGAGGUAGAAUAUGGUAAUUAGUACUAGAGCUAUGACUGAUUUCUUAUAUAGUACUUGGGAAAUAUGACUAUCAGACUGAAUACAAAUAGGUGAUACGUUUUCAGUCACCAUUUAGUGCUUCUUGGGUUCACUUUAAGAAAUACUAUUUAUGAAAGGAACCUGAAUUUGCUUGGUAAUUACAGAAAUAUUUUGAAAUGUAUAUCUGGAUGAAUUUUGAAUGUUGAGAGAACUUUCUGUGCAGGUUUAAUUGGACAUUAAGGUUGAAGUUUUGUGUAAUCAUGGGGCACAGACAUUUUCCUGGCUCAUCCCAAUAUUUUGACGAUGAACAUGAUCAAGAAUGGAAUCAUAUACACCCAGAGUAUCCAUAUACGAGUUUAGCAAGAUCUGGGACAAGUGAGAACAGAUCGCAUGUUUAUCCAGCAGAAAACAUAUCGAAUGAAGGAAUGCCAGGUUCUUCUCAUUGGAACUCUUCCCCACGACCAAAUGCCUAUACUGCCUCAGGUCAUAGUGUGGAGAGACCACACUACAAUCCGGGGGCUUCAGGCCCAUCUCAUGACCGUUUCGUGAGCUCGACAGUUGGAACUUUCUCUGCUCCACAUGAGAAUUAUGUGACGUUUUCAGCUUCUUCGAAUUGCAACAACCAGACAUGGUCAAAUACUAGUUAUGUUGAUCAGUCUACGGAAAAUGUGAGAGGAGCACAAAAGCGAAAAAGCCCGUGUGGUUCUUCCAUCUAUGAAAUGGGCAGUUCAAGCCGAUACCACAGUGACAGACCUUCUUCAGACACACCAUUCCCCGCGGAAUUUCACCUGGGAAAAUCAAUAAAGCAUGAUCAUGAUCCUCAUUACAUGCCAUGGCUCAUGAACCCAACUUACCAAAGUAAUAAUUCGUUGAUCAGGGGAGAGGGUUCUUCAAGGAAUGUCCGGAGUCGUCCUACACUUGAUUUAGAGUCCAGCUUUGAUAGAAAUAAUUUGUCAAGAACCCCGAGACUUGAUUCCCAUUAUGCACACCACCACAGUGUUGAGCAUUCUGGCUCAGGUCAAUUUCCUGGCCAUACAUCUCACGUAGAUAAGGACUGGAACUGUGGUAGACCGCCCUCAGCUCCUAGAGAUAUUAAUGGCUUUAGUCCGGAGACAAAUAAUUUUCUUCCUGCGAGAAGUGUUGCCAACAGCACUUCUGUUGAUACUUCCAGCUAUCACCAUGGACUUCCCGGAAACAGAAACCCUACAGUUUCCCACGGUUUUCCUGGAACAUCAACACAAUCUACAAGCAGCAGCCGCUUCUCUCAUAGGUCAACACCCACCUAUAGAUCUUCUUCGCAUGGUUCGCGACUGGGACAUGUAGCAUCUUCAUCUGGAGACAGGUCUCAUUUGGUCAAUGAGACUUAUCCUUCUAGGCAUCUAAGGCCACCACCACACAUUUCAUGGCGUAGCGGUGAUCGCCCAGGGAGACGCAGGAGUUCCUAUGAGAGGUUUCAGCCUCCUUUCGAUGAAGUUUCUCUCCAUGAUCGAUUUUCAUCUGAGGUAUUCAUGGUCGUAGAUCGCCAACCACACUACGAUGGAUCCAGAAACUCGCCUGAUUACCACAGAGACAUGAGGCUAGACAUCGAUGACAUGACCUAUGAGGAUCUUCUUGCUCUUGGAGAAAGGAUCGGGAGUGUCAACACUGGUCUCUCGGACAGCGCUAUCUCCAGUUGCUUGUUAGCGACAACGUAUUAUCCAUUGUAUCAAACUGAGGAGGAAAAAAAAUGUGCUAUCUGCCUGGAGGAGUACAAGGAGAAAGAAGAGUUGGGGGAAGUGAAGGGGUGUGGUCAUGACUACCAUGGGAGCUGCAUCAAGAAAUGGCUGUCGAUGAAGAACUCUUGCCCUAUUUGCAAAUCCCCUGCUUUACCUGAUGCUUGAAGAACCCAUCGUCAUAAAUUAUCUUUCUAGAUUUUUAAAUACUCAAAUGCUUUUAGGUUUAUCUUUUCUGUGUGAAUGUUAUAUAUAUAGAAUACAACAUUACGUUGUCUUAUUAGUUGUAAAUAGAAGAAACUCCAUGAUUAUUUCUCUUAAGGGUUAUACAAUGCCCUGUUUGUUUUUAAGUCGCUGGAUUAGCGACAGCGACAGAAAUAAUAGACAUAAACGGAA